GUCACUCGCUUACGACGCGUUCUGACGUCACAGUUCCCCUUACAGCGCACGAGCAGCGUUCGAGGCGCACGAGCAGCGGCCGCUGGGUUCUCGCCUUUGACGGCUGCCAGUCAGACUUUUGGAGGUGCUUGGUCUCUCACACGCACGCACGCUCACAAGCACACAGAGACAAACCCCAGCCGUGCCAGAGACGACCAUGAGCAGCAAUUACAGCGUGUCCCUGAAUGGACCCUCUCCAUGGGGCUUCAGACUGCAGGGGGGUAAAGACUUCUGCACGCCCCUCACCAUCUCCAGAUUGACAGACGGCGGGAAGGCAGCCAAAGCGAAGAUCGGCGUGGGGGAUGUUGUGCUGUCUAUCGAUGGCAUCGCCACGGACACCAUGACUCACCUGGAGGCUCAGAACAAGAUCAAAGCCUGCACUGGUAACUUGAGCCUCACCCUGCAGAGAGCAUCCAGUGUUUCAAAAGUGCAAGUUCCCAAGGACGAGCCACUUGAGAUCAUUAAGCCUGUGCCCAUUAGCCACCCACAUGCACCUGCCCCUAACACCAGCGCUACCAACCCCGCCCCGAGAGUCGCCUACAACCAGACGGCACGCCCCUUUGGAGGCGGGUCCAAUUUCAGAACUGCCAGCCCCACCUUCUCUGCUCCUGCUGCACCCAAGGCCUCCAUCCCCUCCGCCGCCUCGGCAUUCACCCCUGCUUCACCCUCCCUGCCCCCACAGCCUGUGCAGGCCCCGCAACCCCCCUUCCCCCUGGCCAGCAGCUCCGCCUCCCGCCAGCACCCCGCCCCUAAGCCCGCCUCUGCUCGAUCCCCCUUCCCGUCGUCUUCCUCUGUCUCGUCAUCCGGCUCCUCGUCGCCAUCCAGAGUGACGGUCCCCGCCCCUUCUGACCCCGCCCCUCCACAGCCUUCGGUCUAUAACACGCCCAUCAACCUGUACUCCAACGAGAAUGCGUGCGAAGUGGCAAUGGGCCAGAGGCGGGGUCUGCUGGAGAGUCAGGCAGGAGUGGAGCACCAGAAUGGAACUCCCAGGAAGCCCGUCAUGGAGUCGGAGCUGGUGGUGAACCACGGCGCUCACUUGAGCGAUGCCAGCAAAAAGCGUCUGAUCGAGGACACGGAGGACUGGCGUCCCCGUACGGGCACCUCACAGUCCCGCUCCUUCCGCAUCCUGGCACAGAUCACUGGCACCGAGAACGAGCAAGCCCACGAGAGCAGCCCCGGAAAGAACGAGGCUGUGGAGGACACCCACCCAAGUGCUCACACCACCUCCGCGGUUAAGACCAUGGCCAAGACCCCCGCGGGACCCGUGCACACUGGGAACGGGGUCCCUCCACCCAAAGCCAAGAGCUGGCAGUCUGGGAACACUGCAGGUUUCCCCAGAGCAGGUGCACAACCAGGGCACCCCGCGCCUUCCUUCGGGCAGGUGACUAACAGCAUUCCAAAGGGCCCCGACCGCCCUGUGCCACAAUCCCACCCUAAAGACCAGGACUCACUGGUGCAGAGAGCGGAACACAUCCCAGCCGGAACCCGCACGCCCAUGUGCGCCCACUGCGACAUGGUCAUCAGGGGACCUUUUCUGGUGGCCAUGGGGAAAUCGUGGCACCCGGAAGAGUUUAACUGCGCCCGCUGCCGCAGCUCCCUAGCCGAGGUGGGCUUCGUGGAGGAGGGCGGCGCCGUCUACUGCGAGCGCUGCUACGAGCAGUUCUUCGCACCCACCUGCUUCCGCUGCCAGAAGAAGAUCCUCGGGGAAGUUAUCAACGCCCUAAAGCAAACCUGGCACGUGUCCUGCUUCCUCUGCUCCUCCUGCCAGCAGCCUAUCCGCAACGACAUCUUCCACCUGGAGGACGGACAGCCCUACUGCGAGAGAGAUUAUUACGCUGUCUUUGGUACCAACUGCCACGGCUGUGACUUCCCCAUCGAGGCUGGGGACAGGUUCCUGGAGGCGCUGGGGUUCACCUGGCACGACACCUGCUUUGUGUGUUCUGUCUGCAGCACCAGUCUAGAGGGCCAGACAUUCUUCUCCAAGAAGGACAAGCCCCUGUGCAAGAAGCACGCCCACACGGUUGUCAUGUGAGCCCACCCGCUGCCACGGCAACGCCACAAUGAGAGAAAAGCUGCAGUUGUCCGUGAUGUUUUGGGUUUAGAUGGUAUUAAUGACUUCAUUAAUGGAGAGGGUUACGGGAACGUGUGCUUCAGUUCUCCGAUGUGCUGACUAUUUGGAGCGUUAUCCAGUGUGUGUUUUCCAUUGCCCUCAGUAGGAAUGCUAUAAAAUAGUCUUUCUUUCUUCUGCUUUUUUAAAACAAGUUUUUCAAGACAGUAAUAUAUAACUUUACUUUUGUCCUGUAUAUUAACCAUCAUCUCACACACACCCUUGAGACAUUUUUAAAAGGGAGAUCUUAAAUGUACUGUUCGUUUUCCUCUUUUUUCUAGCGUUAAUAUAAAAUGCAAUAAUGUGCAAAAAAAAAGAGAAAAUGAAACAAAAGAGAAAAGUAGUAUGUAGAUGGGAAAUUGGAGAACAGUGCAGAGUGAGUCUAACUUGACUGAGAAUGAACCUCACACAAAAGGAACCGUUUUCAUGGAGUGUCCUUUGCAAGACUAAUGAUUUGGAUAAUUUCCAUGUACUAUAAUAAUGAAAGAAUUGUACUUUAUUGGUUAAUCUGUAAUUUGCAGUCAUGUUGUAGUAAGUAGAUUUAGAGCUACAUGCUAUGUUUUAUCAAGAGAUACAAGCCUCAUUCUCGGUGGGUCGCGUAAUCUGCACAUCAACUUUCUGCUUUCAGCUUCGUUCUCGUGUAAACCCACCCCCACCCCCCAUCUUUGCUAGGGUCUGAAACAGAGCUCUGUUUAUCUGGGUAUAUUUAUUGGGGCCUGUGAGAUGAAUUUGGGGGUUUCUAAUGGCUUUGCACAUCAGUUACUGCGCUGACCGUGUCAGGGCAGAACAUUGUUUUGAGGACAAUGCUGAUUUAUGUUCUUUUUUUUUUUUCUUUUUUUUUUGUCCCCACGUGAUUAAUCUUUGUAAGAUUUUAGAGUUUGGGUCCUAGUGUUGAAGUAAAAUCUAUUCUGAAUAAGAACUUGUCACACUGGGACUUGUGAACACCUAGUAGCUUUAGAAAUGAGAAGUGCACAGACUGCUAAUCUAACCCCAUUUAGCUUGAGUAAACACACCAUUUUUGUACUUUUAUAGAGCUUUAGUUCGCCUGUAGUCAUAAAUAUGUAUUAUGAAAUGUGUUUGUGUUUUUGCUACCUUUUUAUGCUUGUUUUGUUACCUCCUAAUUAAGAUAUGGGAAAAUAAACACUGUUCUUAUCAA